CUGGGGUCACUGUGACCCAGCUAGUUCAGUCCCCCCUGAAAAGCCUCCUUUACUUGAAAGAUCUGGACACAGUUUUUUUUUUCUUCACAACAGAGCUGGAUGUGAUGUAAGUCUUGCCAAAAAAAAAAAACCUCAUUCAAGACCUUCACUUUUUCAACCUUGCUAAUUAAAGAGCUGGCUUUUUUUUGGACUGGGUUCUGUUUGGAGCAGCUACUUAGUCUGGGUUGUGAUAUUUGGGUCUCUGAAGUGUUUCCCAGGACCGCGUGAGGACAUUUUACUUACCACGCAACUCUUCAGGGAACAGUGCUAGUCUUCAAAAACCAGCUGAAGAAUUCCUUCAUUUCUCAAGUCUCUCAUCUGAGCUGAGGAGGACAACUCCAGAAAACUGUAUUGAAAGAUGUUGCCCCAGGAGAAGCCGACCAGUGGGACUGUCAUGGCAGAGACAGUGUCUGAGGUCGGCACACUGAUGCUUCUGCUGCUGCUCCUCUUUCUGCUCAGUGUUUGGAGGAAGAAUAACAAGUCUCAGAUCCCAGGCCCGCCCUUCUUAGCAGGACUCGGCCCUCUCCUCACCUACAGCAGGUUUAUUUGGACUGGGAUUGGAACCGCAUGCAACUACUUCAACAACCGAUACGGCAGUGUUGUGCGUGUGUGGAUAAAUGGCGAGGAGACCAUUAUCAUUAGCAAGCCCUCAGCUGUGUACCACAUCCUGAAGAGCGACCUCUACGCAGCCAGGUUCGGCAGCAAGAGAGGUCUGGAGUGCAUCGGCAUGGAGGGAAAGGGAAUCAUUUUUAACAGCGACAUCCCACUCUGGAAAAAAAACAGGGCCUAUUUCAUGAAAGCUCUGACAGGACCAGGCCUCCAGACGACGAUAGCGACGUGUGUGAGCUCCACUAAGAAACAUCUGGACAACCUUCAGGAGAUGACAGACUCCUCUGGACACGUGGACGCUCUGAAUCUUCUGAGAGCAAUCAUGGUUGAGGUCUCCAACAGGUUGUUCCUCCGUGUUCCUCUCAAAGAGAAGGACCUGCUGCUAAAGAUCCAAAAGUACUUUGAAGCUUGGCAAACAGUCCUGAUCAAGCCGGACAUUUUCUUUAAUAUCGGCUUUCUGUCGAGCAAGUGUAUAAAAGCAGCUCGAGAGCUACAAGAUUCUAUGGAAAGUAUUCUGCAGCUGAAACGAAAGAUGAUUAAUGAAGCAGAGAAGCUGGACGACAAUCUUGACUUUGCAACUGAGUUGAUUUUCGCUCAGACCCGGGGCGACCUCUCGGCAGACAACGUCAGACAGUGUGUGCUGGAGAUGGUGAUAGCAGGCCCGGACACGCUCUCUGUCAGCCUCUUCUUCAUGCUGAUGCUGCUGAAACUGAACCCAGACGUGGAGGAACAGAUAGUGGAGGAGAUGAAGGCGGCCAUGGGUGGAAGUGGGGACGGACAUGUGGAUUAUUCAACAUUAAAAGUGCUGGAAAAUUUCAUCAACGAGUGCUUGAGGUUUCAUCCCGUGGUGGACUUCACAAUGAGGAAAGCACUGGAGGACGAUGACAUCGGUGGCAUCCACAUUAAGAAAGGCACCAACAUUAUCCUCAACAUCGGGCUGAUGCACAAGACCCAUGACUUUUUCCCCAAACCAAAAGAGUUCAAUUUGGUCAACUUUGACAAAAACGUUCCAAAGCGUUACUACCAGCCGUUCGGCUGCGGGCCUCGCUCUUGUGUGGGUAAACAUAUUGCCAUGGUGAUGAUGAAGGCCAUCCUGGUUACUCUGUUGUCCAGCUACACCGUGUGUCCGCGACAAGGCUGCAGCUUUAGCAGCAUCAAGCAGACCAACAACCUGUCCCAGCAUCCAGUGGAGGACGAGCACAGUCUCACCAUGCGCUUCAUCCCUCGGACCGUGCCUCAGCCACACGUGCAACACUGAGUCACCAAGAAGUCUCCUGAACACUUACUAUGCUGUAUGCAUUGUUCAUGGCUGUCGACAGAUGAAAUAGAUAACAGAUCAAAAUUUUCAUCUGAAUUAAUCGAACUAAAGCUGAAUUAACUCGCGAUUAUUGGCAAACUAACCAUUUUGCAUGAGUUUAAAAUGCAUCUUAAAGGGACAUUUCAUCGACACAUGUGGUCAUUAAUGCUUACAAUGUGCCUCUGAGGUUAUUCUGUGCAUGAGUGUUCUUGACAGUAUUGGGUUGUUGGGGUCAACAAAUGUUUGCAUGAGGAAACCAUUAAUGGCUGCUAUUGUGUUGAUGACAUCUUCCUUUACAGUAAGUUACAUUUAGAACAGGUGGAAAAUGUGUGAUAAAUUCAUCAUUUCGUUCUCAGCUUUGGUGCGAGAUUAAACAUUUCUAUUCGAUCUACUGACAGCACUAAAAUCAUAAUGACCACGGCAGACCAGGACGGCCGUACAUAAGCAUAUGAAUUCAUAGGGCAGGGGCCAUUUUCUUUGGAUAUAGAAGAAGAUAAUAUCAGAUAAAAUAUGUUCAAGCUUGAUUCAAAGCUUUGGUCAAUAGCGUCGGGGUCAUGUGACCUACAGUACAUGAACCACAGAUUUCUUCUUUAAAUCUGUCUAUAGAUAGGGUUAUAGUUAUAGUCAUAAGGUAUAAAAUGGAAAUAGUUUAACACAAUAAAAAUGGUUGAUCUUUUACUUUUGAUUUACAGUGCAUUGCAUUAAAAACAUUUCAUCCAUUCUUCAUACAAUAUAUUCAAGCAGCUUUGAUGUUAGGAGUCAGUCAACUGUAAACUUGACAUUAUAAAUAUAACAAAUCGUAAAAUCUGCAACAGGUAUUUCCGCAUAUAUUCUCAUGAUUUGUGUGCAAGUGAACUGAACUUAAAACCUGUUUUUUUCGUAUUACCUGUGAAUAUAAAA